AGCAACUUUUUUUUCUUUACCGACGAAGAAGAAGAGAGGAAAACAAUCUGAGAAAGCGCUAUCGUGCGGCGCAUUUUCUGCACUUUUACCGCUGGUUUAUACAUUAUUGGAGAGCUUUUGGCAAACAACAACAUGCCUGUCAUUUGUGCGGUUUCGGGGUGCAACAACAAGUUUGUGAAAGGAUCAGAAAUACGAUUUUACAGGUAAGUUUGCACCGGUCGAAGCUUGUGCGGUAAUUGGAGAAGGAGGAGGUCAGAGAAAAGACCGAAAUAAUUCAGAUUUUACCUUCUGCUGUUGGUUUAGACCUAGGAACACAAGGUGUUUUUUGUAUCAAAUAGUCAGAAACUGGUUUUGUCCUUGGACAUUACUCUAUUUGGCCUGGACUGGAAAAGUCUGGAGCCCAAAAAACCUCAUCACAAAUAAGAUGGAUUGUUAGUUUAUUCCCAUCUAAUCAGGUUUACAGUUUUUAUUCACUUUUUUGCAUCAAUGUGUGCUAUAGCCCGUUCACGUUACAUUUCCAUACACACGCAGCAUAUCAAUAUAAUCGAGCAGAGAGGUGGCAGAAAAACAAACUUAAUACAUCCUUUAGCAAGUGAAUAGGUUUGACAAGGUAGGGGAGAGUGGGGUAAGUUGAGCCACCCCCUGAUGAUUAGAAAUGGUAAAAGAAAUUGAUCAUGUGACCAAAUAUUUAGGAGAUGGGCAUCAAUUCAUGGAGUCUGUGAAGGUUAGAAGAUGGGUUAAGGGGUUCGACAUUAAAAACAUUUUUCACUCUUGAAAGUGAAUUUAGUCUGUCAUAAGUUUGAUUAGAAUUGUGUUCAGACCAAAAAAGAUCUUUUUAAACAUUAAUUGUGGUAUCUAUGAGCUACAACAUGAGGUCAAAAACCUGGCAUGAGGUUUGCAGGGAUGCACAUAUGCAGAUACAUAGUUAGAGACAAAACUAUGAUUGUCUUGAUGUAGUGAUCCAAAAUAUGAAAAAUGGCUCAUUUUACCCCACUCUCCCCUACUCACUAUCAAAUAUUCUAAAAGGAUAACUUACCAGGAGGAUUUAAAUCAUUAGUAUAACAGGUGUGAUGGCUAGUCUGGCUUACAACUGUCUGUUUUCAGGUUUCCUCUCAGCAAGCCUCAACUUGCCAACAAAUGGGUGCACAGCCUCGGGAUGAAGAACUUCAUCCCAACUGCGAACACCUGCCUCUGCUCCGAGCACUUCAGGACCGACUGCUUCAGGGACUACAACGGCAAACAGUUUCUGCGGGAGGAUGCAGUGCCCACAAUAUUCAACAAUGGGAGGGAUUCCUCCAAGGUAUGAGCUGACAGUAUGCAGAGAUACUUAUUUCUCAGGCUUUAUUUUUAUUUCAAAUAAGACAAAGAGUGUUACUUUUGUACUAACUGUGAAUAAUCUGCAGAUUGAACUUCGAAAAAGAGCGGCGGUAACCAAGGACACAAACGUCGCAAGCCCGAUGUCGGCACAGACGGAGGGAGACAGAGCGCGAGAGGCUGUUGGUCUCCGCAGAGAAAAAAGAGGAGGGAUGAGGGUGAGUUUAUCUCUCACUGUUGGAUGACAGCUUUCCAUAUUGACCAGUUUAUGAGAAUGUUUUUUUUUUUCAUUAAAAUACAAAUGAAAAAGUAAGCUUGGCUUAGAUUUGGGGUUUAGUGAUUACAUUGCAAGAUAUGUUUUGCUUGUAUUAAAUUUAAAAUAAGUAUACAUGAGAAAACAAAUAAUAUGUUGUCUUUGCAGUAUCUUCAAUAAACUAUUGGGUUUUAAUAACAAUUGUAUUUGUAGAGAUAAGAAUUGCUCUUUUCCUUUCUCAAGAGGGUUGUCACUCUUUCAGGGUCAUCUUACAUUUGGAUCAAUUUGGUGUCAUUUUGGUGCAUGAAGCAACAACCCUGUGUGUUAAUGACCAAACUCACAGCAUCUUUUAUAGAUUAGACUGUACACUGUGUGAUCAGACUGUCAGAGUUUUUUCACGUUUUCCAAGAGUGGCAGCAGAGGAGCACAAUUCUCAGCACUUAAACCAAUGACCAAAAUUCACCAGCUGAACUCUUUCAAGAAAAGCGAUCUCUGUGCUGUCAUAAAUUAGAGGUUGAAUUCACAGACCAUUUGUUCACUUUCUGAACUGUUGAUGAUUAACCUUUAACAUACUUGAUUAUUUUGUCACAGGGUGGGCGAGGAAGCCGUGGAGGAAAACAGUUUAAUGACAGGUGAGACUACUGUGUUUCUUGCCCUUAUUGUAGCGUUGGUGAUUUGUAUGAUUGAUGUAUUUCAUUUUGGACUUCCACCUCCUUAUCUCAGUGAAACUAAUGUCUGCCCUCUGAAGCAGUGAGGCCAUUUCAACAUACAGCUCCUCCCAGAUGAAGUUGUUUGGCUCAGGCACCGAAUAUAUUUGUGUGAGGACAGUUACUGAUCCUUUCUGCAAAAUGAGCUUCAUCUGACUCCAUCAUGAUUCAACAGAUAGCAAGAAUAAGAUGCAACGUUGAAGAUCAACAGAAGCUCAAAAUAGAUAAAAGGAAUAAAGGUGAUAAAGCUGUCUCCAAUGGCACUUAAUAAAGGCAAAACUAUUACAUUUGUUUUAAACAGAAUAACAGUAAUGAAAGAUACAGAAAGAUUCUCAAUUUUAUGAGAAGAAAACAUCAAAUCCACAAGAAUACAAGCACAUUAAAUAUAAAAACAGACUAAUUAAAGUUAGCUGUAAAUAAGUAUAAGUAAGCAGCAAAGGUUGCCAAGACCAUGACUUCGAAGAAGGUUUAGAAACUGAUAAAUAGGAGUCAAAGACGGGCGAUGCAAGAAGCCAUUAAUAGAGGAGACGUACACGCUGCAGUAAAAGUGAGUUUUAGAAGUGAUUUAUAAAGGUGUCUGUUAUUCUGUAAGCCACAAACUGAACACUGCUGCCAGGUCCAGACAGUUUUAUUUCUCAAAGUUUGACAAUCAGUGAAGUUGUCAAUUCUGCUUCCAACUGUGGUUGUUUUUUACAAGUGCCACCGCGAAACACAAGGAGCAUGAUAACAGGAGAAUUUAGAUAACCUUUAAGUUUAAUCAUCAUUGAAGAGAGAGAAAAUAAGUCCAUGAAUUGUGAGUUGUUGUUACCAGUAUGCCUUCUGUUGGUGGUCUGUGGUGAAGGAGGGGAUUAUGCAGGUUCAGACUGCUGUGAAUAUCAACACUUAGUAACAGAGCAACAGUAGGGUAAGGUAGAAAGGAUGGGUGGGGGUUGCAGUAUUUUUAGGGGUGGAGGGAUGUUACUGAUACUGAAUACCUCUUAAUGUUGUUUUACUGUUGUCUUGUGACAUGAAAUACAGAACUGUGCACAGUUUUUCACCCACCCCUGAGUGCCUUAUUUACAAAUCACUUAUAAGUUUUAAAAUGUAAAAAAGAAAUCUCUCUCUGUGUAACUUUACAUGUUAUACAAAGAGAAAGUAAGAUAUGAUGAGUAAUGUGAGUUUUUGAUUUCCUGUGCGCAGACAGUCCUUGGCCACAAAGAGCAGAGUCUACGACAACAAAGGGCGCCUGCUAUCCAACAGUAAGGACAUGUGCGACUGUCUAGACGAGGACUGUAUGGGCUGCUUCUAUCCCUGCCCCGAGUGCGACUCAAGAAAGUGUGGAGUGGAGUGCCGCUGUGACCGGAAGUGGCUCUACGAGCAGAUGGAGGUGGAGGGUGGAGAGAUCAUCAGAAACAAAUUUGUCUUUUAGUCAGCAGUGGCUUUAAAAAACAUUUUAUCAUAAUACCACAGGGGGCUUCUGCGGACCAGACUGUCCUGUUCUUUAUAUUCAGCUGUAAGUCCAACUAAUGGACCUCUAAAGACUGAGACACUUGGUUAAGACAUCUUCCAGAACAACGAGUAUUUAUCUGAUUUAUGGAGCUCCAACUGAUGGUAAAAACAGCAGAAAAAUGCUCGACUUUAUCUGAAUGAUUGAUUUUGUUGCCCUGAAAAUUGUCCUCUAGUUUCUUUAACUUUUUGAUGUUCUGUUCUGCAGUAAAUAUUUCUGUUUUUUCAUUCUGUGUAAAUAAACUGUUCUUAUUUUAAUGUUUAA